GGUAGGGCAAAUUUUGUAUGCUCAGGUGUUCAUUUCACUGUAUAUAUUGCCUUUAUCGUACCUUUUUCAUAAGAAUUGAAAAAGCAGGUAUAAGAGGUUCUGCAAACUAAUCCUUUCGAUUGUCAAGCCGAUAUUUCUCUCUUUGUUCCUUUACAAACAUCGGAAUCAGGGCAGUCACGUGCUUCGUAAAAUCUCGGCCGCUGAGCAAUUGAGACAUGUGAUUUCCGUAAAGCCGUGAUGUCAGCAAAAUCGUCCGCUUAUUGCCAGGCCUCACUGCAAGAACAAGUCUAUCCCAAAGACACCGAACAUGUUCGCUACUCGCGCCGUGAACAGCAUCGUUGCUCAGAACGUGGCUAGAACUGCCCUUUUCAAGAAUGCCUCUGCCGUUCCCACUGGCAUCAGAGCAUUCCGUGCUACCCCUUCUACAAUGGAACAGUCACCUGAUGCUGAAUCCGAGCUUCUCAGACAGCAGCGAUUAGUUCGACCAAAAUCUCCCCAUUUGACUAUCUACCAACCUCAGCUGACUUGGCUUAUGUCUGGUUUUCACAGAAUCACCGGUUGCGCUGUCGGUGCUGGUUUUUACGUUGGUGCUCUUUCAUACCUUGCUCUUCCCGCCCUUGGAUACAACUUUGAUACUUCAGCAAUUGUCGCCUCCGUUGCUUCUCUUCCUGUCGUCGCGAAGGUCGGUAUCAAGACCACCGUUGCCUUCCCAUUCGUGUUCCAUUGCUUGAACGGUGUCAGACAUUUGAUUUGGGAUACUGGCCGCUUCUUGACCGUCGAUGGCGUGUACAAGACUGGUUAUGCUGUCUUGGGUAGCUCUGCUGCUAUCACCCUCUACUUGGCUUCACUUUAAAUAAGAGAAAAGAAUGAUUGGAUAUCAUUUUUUACUUUUACGGUAGAAAAAAAAACAAAAAGAACAGUUACAAGAACACAGAAUUAUCAUAAAAGGAAAAAUAUAGGACGGCAGUAAAUUUUUUAAAAAGGCUAUAUCUACAGGUUUUUGAACAUGGUUUGUCUACGUUCUGCGCGAACGUUCCGCGAGCGCUGCAAUUGAAGCAUAUGUGUUUCGCAAUAGGUUCUAUUUUCGUGAAUGUAGUAUACAUCGGUGAUCGGAAUGCGGCAGACCUAGACGUGAACA